GUAGUACAUCUCAAAUUUGACCGUAAAAAAAAAACAACACAACAACAACAACAUUAUGAGGAAGAAAUAUCAAAUUAUCGAUUAGAUCAUUUACAAUGUCACUACCACAAGGAAAAUCAGGUGAAAGAGAUGAUGAUGCUGACAAGGAAGGGUCAGCGGCGGGGGCAGGAGCGGCAGCUUCAGGUGAACAGGAAGGUAAAUCAGGAGGAGAGACACAAAGUAAACCCAGUCUGUUAGAGCAAACAACAUCCAAACAGUCUUCAUCUGAGUUCUUGAACUAUUUUCGUAAGGCCCUACAUUUAAAAGAUGAUGAGCCAAAACCAGAGAGUGUCCUUGAUGAGGUCAGUUUUGAAGGUAUUGCUAGAUAUAUUGCCAGUGACAAGUGUAAGAAAAUUGUCACCAUGGCAGGUGCAGGAAUAUCCACAUCUGCAGGGAUACCAGACUUCAGAUCACCGGGUACUGGACUCUACGACAACCUUGAGAAAUAUAAUCUACCUACCCCACAGGCUGUCUUUGACAUUGGAUAUUUUCGGGAAAACCCAGAACCCUUCUUUACUUUGUGCAAGGAGCUGUUUCCUGGCUCAUUCAUGCCAACACCUUGCCAUUACUUCCUUAAACUGCUGGAAAAGAAGAACAAACUGUUGACACAUUUUACACAGAAUAUAGACACACUUGAGCGUGUAGCUGGGCUGAGUGAAGAUAAGAUUGUAGAGGCUCAUGGUACAUUCAAUACAGGACAUUGUCAGACAUGUGGAGCGGAAUAUACACAAGCAUGGAUGAAAGAUCAGAUAUUCAGUGAGACCAGUGAAUCGCCUGUACCAAAGUGCACACAGCAGGACUGUGAAGGUGUUGUAAAACCAGAUAUUGUGUUUUUUGGAGAGAAUUUACCAAAGAAAUUUUCAGAGCAUCUUUCAGAUUUAGGGAACUGUGAUUGCCUGAUUGUCAUGGGAACAUCACUGGUUGUGCAGCCGUUUGCUUCUUUAACUGCAAGAACGAAGAAAACUACACCACGUUUGUACAUAAACCUUGAAAAGACAGGCUCUGGUGAUUCAGAAGAUGUUCUAACAAUGAUGUUUUUUGGAGGAGGUGGAUUUGAUUUUGAUAAAGAAGACAACAUUAGAGAUGUGUUCUGGCAAGGUACAUGUGAUGAUGGUUGCUAUGCUUUAGCUGAUCUACUUGGAUGGGGCGCUGAGUUACGAAAACUGGUGAAAGAUGAACAUACAAGAUUAGACAAGGAGGCAGCUUCCAGUAAAGCUGCAAGUUCUUCACAAAAAUCUGCUGUUCUAGGGAAAGGGCAGACAACAAAUGUAAAGAAAUCACCACAAAAGAAAUCAGAUUUAAAUGAUACUAAUUUACUUGGAGACCAAAAAAUGGCUACUGGAGGUAAAUACAGUGAUGGUGAGAACAAACAGACAGCUGGAAGAAGGUCAGAACCAGAUGUAACAACAGUUAAUAAUGCAGAGACUGACAAAACAGAAGAUAGAGAUGGUGUUACACAGACAUUCACAAAUGGAACAAACACAGACGAAGAUGGUACAAAGGAGGCUGUAAAUGAGACAGGUGGAGGUUCGGCAGUUAGUGAUGACCCACAGAUGGUCUGGUUGAGACGGUAUUUUGCCAAGUCUCUGGGUAUAUGCUUUGAGGAGCCACCGGAAUGUCUGUUGGAGGAAGUGAGUUUUGAGGGCAUCGCAAGAUACAUAGCCAGUGACAAGUGCAGUAAAAUAGUUGUCAUGACUGGUGCUGGCAUAUCGACAUCUGCAGGAAUACCAGACUUCAGGUCUCCAGGUACAGGCUGCUAUGAACAGUUGAAGAAAGAAUAUAACAUUGAAAAUCCACAGCAGUUGUUUGAAUAUUCAUAUUUCAAGGACAAUCCAGAACCAUACUACAAGUACAGGAAAGAAUUAUGGCGGUGCACAUAUAAGGUAUGUCAGUAUGACGGUGCACAUAUAAGGUGUGUUGGUGCACAUAUUAGGUUUGCCAGUGCACAUAUAAGGUAUGUUGGUGCACAUAUAAGGUAUGUCAGUGCACAUAUCAGGUAUGUCAAUGCACAUAUAAGGUAUGGCGGUACACAUAUAAGGUAUGUCGAUGCUCAUAUAAGGUAUGUUGGUGCACAUAUAAGGUAUGGCAGUGCACAUAUAAGGUAUGGCGGUGCACAUAUAAGGUAUGGCGGUGCACAUAUAAGGUAUGGCAGUGCACAUAUAAGGUAUGGCGGUGCACAUAUAAGGUAUGUCUGUGCUCAUAUAAGGUAUGGCAGUGCACAUAUAAGGUAUUUCAAUGCACAUAUAAGGUAUGUCAAUGCACAUAUAAGGUAUGUUGAUGCACAUAUAAGUGUAAAAGAUAUUACUGUUUUCUGUGUUUCAGCCCACACCCUGUCACUACUUCAUUCGGAUGCCCAUGGCACCAUGGAAACAGCUCACUGUAUGCAAUGUGGACAAACAUACUCACAGAGAUGGGUCAGAGACAAGAUCUAUGCUGCUGAUGGUCCUGUUCCUAGAUGUGCUGAGGUACACUGUGGUGGACUUGUUAGACCAGACAUAGUAAUGUUUGGUGAAAGUUUGCCAGCAAGAUUUGGUGAACAUCUCUCUGACAUAGAUGACUGUGAUUUUCUGCUGAUUAUGGGGACGUCACUGGUAGUGAGACCAUUUGCUAAUUUACCUAUUAGAACCCAAGAUAAUGUCCCGAGACUUUUCAUUAAUCUGGAGAAGACAAAAACUUCUAACCAUCCAAUGACUGUCCUGUUCUUUGGUGGAGGAUUUGAUUUUGAUAAAGAGGAUAAUAUAAGAGAUGUGUUUUGGCAAGGGACAUGUGAUGAUGGUUGCUAUGCCCUUGCAGACCUGAUAGGAUGGGGGGAUGAACUUAGAACACUAGUGUCAGAAGAGCAUGCCAGGUUAAACAAAAAGUUUGGAAUCCCAAAUGAAUCAACUGUCUCAAACAAGACAAAUGCUUCCACAGAGAAAUCAGUACCAAAGAAAACCACUUCCUUUGAACCAAAGAAACAAGAAACCAAACCAGUGACAAACUGUGUCAACGGACCACACACUAACAUUUCACAGAAAUCACUGAAUAAUGGAACCAAUAAACUGUCACAGAAAUCAGUGAGUAGGGAACCAGUGAAAUCAGCAGCAGGUGGGAAACGGAAGUCGGUUCCUGGAGAUACACAAAAGACAACUGCUAAAGCAUCCACAUCAAGUUCAGGCCAGUCAGUGUUACAGAAACCUGGCAGAAAAUGAGAAAUUGUAGGGGAGCCUUGAUUUGAAAUAUCAUUCAGUUCCUCCAAAGGAUUUUGUGUAAAUGAUGUUAGGAUGGUUUACAUUAUAAAGUCUGAAUCAAAUGCAGUAUGAAAGUGUUUAUGCUUAUUGACAAGUACUCUAUAUCUGGUGCUAUAUUUUUGGACAGGCGUAAUAAUCUGUUGUAUUGAAUUUUGUAAAAGCAGCAGACUGCUCUAACUUCUGCUUUUCAGAAGCUCAAGGAGUAUCAUCUGUAGUGUGGUUCUGUAACAGGCUUUUGUCAGUUCUCUGUAGAUGAAUGUCAUGACUUGAAAAAUUAAAAGAAAGGAUAAAUCUUAUUCAAAAAUAUACCCUUAGCCUGCUAAAUUUCUAAAAUGGACUGGUCCAUCAUUCAAUUUGGGCCAUGCCACUUAUUAUUCAAAGGGGUGUUCACUGAAAAUUGACUGACUGAAUAGCAAACAGUGCAGACCAUGAUUAGUCUGCACGGAUGUGCAGGCUAAUCUUGGUCUGCACUGGUUGUAAAGGCAGAAUAACUCGCCACCAGCAGGUUAAAGGUUAAAUAAAGAUCAGUUAAGCAAAGUUUAUCAGGUAGUAUUUUAUGAUUUAAUCCAUCCUCCCUAUUUCAAUAAUAUCAUUAGUACUAUGGUGUGUAUGCAAGUCAUGCGUUGUCUACCUUAUGAUCUAGAAUCUAUAUAAAGAGACUGUCAGACAUAAUUUUAAAUUUUUUUUGUACUUGGCAAAUUACUUUCCAUGGUAUUUCUGAGGUUGUAAUUAUAUAUACCAUCCUUGUUAGUACACCAAAUUUUUAAUGAAAAACAGUGAAGCUUGUAAUUAAUUAUAACAAAGUCAUUACAUUUUGUAUUCUUGUUAAGUUUGAAAAUAAAGAAAAUACAAAUUGGAAUAAAAUCAAGAGACAGAGUAACAUCAGAUAUUUGGGGGCCUAUUUGAACGAAACUUUAAACUUUCAAAGAGCAUAUAAAAAUAAAGUGUAGAACGGCAAUGUUGAAUUUUUUCCGAAUCAAAAACAUUCGCAAAUAUUUGACUCAGGAUGCAACUGAAACCUUAGUGCUAUCGCUGGUUAUUUCGCAUUUAGACUACUGUAAUGUUAUUUUAUACGGUAUUUCUGAUUGUGACAUCGCAAAACUGCAACGCAUUCAAAAUAUGUGUGCGAAGUUAGUUCUGAAUCGUAGAAGAAGAGACAGUUCUAAGCAGGCACUCUACGAUUUGCACUGGCUGCCGAUCAAAGCCAGAAUAAACUUUAAGAUCUUGACGUACAUGUUCAAUUGCCAUGUUGGAAAUGCGCCUGCAUAUUUGAUUGAACUCUUAACACCGAAAAUCCCCCAGCGCUCCCUCAGAUCCUCGGAGUCAUCAGUUGACUGUUACACCGUCCCUUUCAACAAGCGAAAAACUUUUAGUGAUAGAAGCUUUAGUACUAUAGGGCCAAAGUUGUGGAACAAUUUGCCGCUGAACAUCAGACAAAGUUCUUCAAUUGACUGCUUUAAGAAAAAGUUGAAAACGCAUUUCUUCAGAGACUACUUUGCAUUAUUCUAAGUUUUGACUGAGUUUUAAAACAGUGAUGCUAGUGACAGUGAUAGAAGUUUAAUGUUUGUCUGUGAUAAUUAUAUGUUUGUAAUAUUUUAAAAUAUAGUAUUAUCAUUAACUUUAAAUUAAUAAUUGCUAUUUUAAUUCGUUUUAAUUAAUCUUAUUUAAAAUAUUUUAUAUUUAAUAUUUUAUUUCAACUUGUAUUGUAAAACGCCAUUGAAUAUGUUUUAAAUGUAGAAAUAGGCGUUUAAGCAAAUAAACCAGUUUCAGUUUCAG